CUUCUUGCUUCGCUCAACACCAUGGCUGGCGCACUCGCAAACGCAAAGAAAGACCUCCCCAAGGUCGCAUAUGAGGACCGCGAAUCGCGCUUUGGCUCCGUCUUCGGUGUCUCUGGACCCGUCGUCAUCGCUGAGAGGAUGACCGGAGCCGCGAUGUACGAGCUUGUGCGCGUCGGCCAUGAUGAACUCGUGGGCGAGGUUAUUCGGAUAGACGCGGAUAAGACUACCAUUCAGGUCUAUGAAGAGACGUCCGGAGUGACUGUCGGCGACCCUGUGCUGCGUACGGGCAAGCCUCUCAGUGUUGAGCUCGGACCGGGUCUCAUGUCCAACAUCGUUGAUGGUAUCCAGCGACCACUACGGUCUAUUCAAGAACUUUCAAAGUCAAUCUACAUUCCGCGUGGUAUCAACACCGAUGCUCUCGACCGCUCACUACAGUGGGACUUCAACCCGCUCAAUUUCAAGGUCGGCGACCACAUAUCUGGCGGCGAUAUCUUCGGAAGUGUCUACGAAAACUCGCUUGUCGACAAGCACAAGAUCAUGCUGCCUCCUCGCGCUCUUGGAACCAUCACCCACAUCUCAGAGAAGGGUAGCUACGCUGUUGACGACAUCGUUCUGGAAACGGAAUUCGAGGGCAAGACUACGAAGCACACCAUGAUGCAAGUAUGGCCGGUCCGCGCGCCGAGGCCUGUAACAGAGAAACACACUGCGGAUUAUCCUCUCUUGACUGGCCAACGUAUUCUGGACGCGCUUUUCCCUUGCGUACAGGGCGGGACCACCGCUAUUCCUGGUGCCUUCGGUUGCGGAAAGACUGUCAUCUCGCAGGCUCUCUCCAAGUUCUCGAACAGCGACAUCAUUAUCUAUGUUGGAUGUGGUGAGCGUGGCAAUGAGAUGGCUGAAGUCUUGAUGGAGUUCCCCGAACUUUCGAUGGAAGUCGGCGAUCGUCAAGAACCCAUCAUGAAGCGCACUACGCUGGUUGCUAACACCUCGAACAUGCCUGUUGCUGCCCGUGAAGCAUCUAUCUACACCGGUAUCACCCUUGCAGAGUACUUCCGAGACCAGGGCACCAAUGUCUCCAUGAUGGCUGACUCGACGUCACGAUGGGCCGAGGCGUUGCGUGAAAUCUCUGGUCGUCUGGCAGAGAUGCCUGCCGAUUCUGGUUAUCCUGCCUACCUGAGCACCAAGCUCGCUAGUUUCUACGAGCGUGCAGGAAAGGUGACCUGCUUGGGCAACCCCGUACGACAGGGCACUGUCUCCAUCGUCGGCGCUGUCUCGCCUCCAGGUGGUGACUUCUCCGAUCCAGUCACGUCUGCGACGCUCGGUAUCGUGCAGGUGUUCUGGGGUCUUGACAAGAAGCUCGCGCAACGAAAGCACUUCCCCUCCGUCAACUGGAACUUGUCGUACUCCAAGUACCUCAAGGUGCUCGAUCCUCACUAUGAGACGACUGAGCCAGGUUUCGUCGAACUCCGCACGAAGACGAAGGAGAUCCUCCAGAAAGAGGACGACCUUGCGGAGAUCGUGCAGCUUGUCGGAAAGAGUGCUCUCGGCGAGAACGACAAGAUAACGUUGGAAGUGGCGCGCAUGCUCAAGGACGACUUCCUGCAGCAGAACGGUAUGAGCGAGUACGACCGGUUCUGUCCGUUCUACAAGACGAGCGCGAUGCUGCGGAACUUCGUGGCGUUCCAUGACUCUGCCCUCAAAGCUGUCUCGACAGGUGACACCACCUUCGCCAAGAUCAAAGACUCUGCUAGCGACAUCAUGUUCAAGUUGUCGCAGAUGAAGUUCGAGUCACCAUCGCAAGGGAAGGAGCCAAUCAAACAGAAGAUGGAUGCCCUGUAUGGCGAGAUCCAGGAGAAGUUCCGUCAGCUGGCAGAGUAAGAUACCCAGAGGACUUUCCGUAUUGUAGCGUCGACGUCUCCGGCACAUCAUUGACUAAAUUCGCAUGAUCGCUGUUCUCUGAGCCAUCAUGCCCUGUUGCAGCUUGUCACU